UGCAAUAUGUACCACGUUUACUGCUGACAUUUUUAGAAUGGAGUUGUUUUUAUUGUUUUCUCUGAUAUUUGUUUAUAUCGGAGAGAAUGCUGAUGCCGAAAUUGCAAGCUCAAAGGGCACAGACUUUGUCAUCAGCUUUCUGCAACAGAUUUUACCGGGGUCAACCACACUACAAAUUUCCGCUGACGUCACAAGUCGCGUGUCUAUAGAAGCCCCGUUCAUUGGCUUUUCCAAAACUAUGCAGCUGGACCCCGGCUCGAGAGAAAUACGAAUGGAACAAACACUGCGGGAAACCAGCACACUGAUCUCCUUUAAGGCAAUUCGUGUCAAAUCCGACAACCCGAUUUCGGUGUAUGUUUUCGACGAUUUAAAACCGUAUAUUGGUGGGUAUUUAGCGUUACCUGUUGAGAGUUUGGGCUCUGAAUACAUGGUAGUAACAAAGUCAGGCCGAAAAAGCGAGGUACUUAUAUCAGCAGCCGAAGACAGAACAGCUGUGUCCGUUACUCUGAAAAGCAAAACGAAUAUUACCCACCAGGGUUAUAAGUAUUCCGACGGUGACAUUAUACGCGAAACACUAGAUACAUUUCAAACAUGGCAAAUUCAAAGCGAUAGUGAUUUAAGCGGGACAAUAGUGAAAGCGGACGGUAAAGUUGUAGUUAUCGCUGGAAGCGAAUGUGCAGGUGUCCCUGAUACUGCAUCCGAGUGUGAUUUCAUAACAGAACAAUUAACACCCGUAAGUUCAUGGGAAAUUAGUUUCAUAGUGCCAUUAGUUCGUAAAUGCGCGAACGUGAUCCGAAUUAUGGCGCGUGAUGACGCAACUGAUGUCAAAGUGACGUAUGCAAAACAAUCUUGGAACACGAUGCUUGAUGCAACAAUCUUUGUUGACCGCGAAUAUCACCCUAUAACAGAUAAAGUCCCUGUUGUAGUCAUUGAAUCAAAGAAACCGGUUCACGUUAUGCUAUUUACUGGACCAUCGGCGACGUCACAAGUUAACACAUGUGGUCCCUCUAUGACAACAAUACCCGCUUUUACCCAGUAUUCCAAUGACUACAGAAUGCUGCUGCCUGAUGCGAACGUAGACUAUCACCUGUUAACUCUUAUAGUUCCUGCAAGUAACUUAAAUGGUCUACGUAUAAACAACAACACAAUUUCAACAAUUUCGUCCCAGCGGAUAUAUGCAGGAUUUGCAAGCGAAGAUUUCUUUGUCAUAGAAGCUGAUUUGGCGGGAGUAUCUCAAAAUGUUCAUAUCACUCAAACCGCAAACGUCGACUUCGGUGCCUUUGUAUAUGGCAUGGUAGGAAAUGGAUCUUUUGGAUAUCCUCUGGGAUUAAAAGUGGAUUUGACAAAAGCUAAUGCGGAAGUCCGGUUAGUCGGGGGCAGUACGGGAGCGUCCGGGCGAGCUGAGGUCUUCUUUCAUGGUCACUGGGGCACGGUCUGUGAUGUCAAAUUCGACACGGAGGAUGCAAAAGUCGUCUGCAAAAUGAUGGGAUUUUAUUUUGGCGCCGCAAACCCCGUGGCGGGUCACUAUGGAGCUGGUAGUGGUAUAGUGCUAGUCGACAAUCUGAGAUGCACCGGAAACGAAGACAACGUACAUAUGUGUGCUUCCGGUCAGUGGGAGAACUCCGCCUGCACACACGAGCAGGACGUCGGUGUUGACUGCAGCACACAGGUGAGAUUGGUAGGUACACAUGACCCUCGUGAUGGUCGGGUGGAGGUUUUCUAUCGCGGACAAUGGGGCAGCGUCUGUGACGACGCGUUCGACCGUCGCGAGGCAACUGUUCUUUGCUCAUCUCUAGGAUACGGAAAUACGGGAUAUUUCUACACGGGAGGCGGUGGGAGUGGAGCCCAGUGGCUGGAUGACCUUGAAUGUACCGGGCGAGAGAACGACAUAGCUCAGUGCAUGUCCAAGAACUGGGGCAUCACGGAUUGUACUCAUGAGGAGGACGUUUGGCUGUCAUGCUACCCCCACACACCGGUUCGUCUGGUGGACGGACGGACGCCGGCGGAAGGGCGGCUAGAGGUACGCAUGCUAGACGGCUGGCACUCAGUUUGCGAUAGCGACUUCACACCACGUGACGCACUUGUCGUCUGUGGCAUGAUUGGAUACACGUACAAAGUAUCAGACAGCAAUCCCCCUGUAUCGGUGUAUAAAAAUGCCUACUUCGGUCAAGGUCAUGGAAAAGUCGCUAUUGCUGAAUUAAACUGUACCGGAAGUGAAUCGGAUAUCGCUGACUGCGCAUCUCGUACCUGGUUGAUCAAUUCCUGCACGCACCAAGAUGACGUAGGCGUUGGCUGUGAUAGUCAUAUCCGGUUGGUGGACGGCCCUCGGGUGACGGAAGGGCGGCUUGAGGUAUACUUCCGGGGCCAGUGGGGGACAAUUUGUGAUCGCCAGUUCACUUCCGGGGACGCCGAGGUUGUGUGUCGCCAGAUGAACUAUCAAUACUUUUCUGGUUAUAACGUUGUGAAGACUGGUGGAACUUAUGGAACAAGUAGUGCUCGGACCAUCAUAGGAAACUUAAGUUGCCAUGGAAACGAAAAUGACAUUGCAAUAUGUCCUUCUGACCCCUGGCUGAACACGUCUUGUUCACAUGGAAAUGCCGUUGGUGUCGAUUGUGGAAGUAAAUUGCGAUUAGUGAACGGAUCCUCGCCCACUGAAGGUAGGGUGGAGGUUUUCUACGGUGGACAGUGGGGCACAGUCUGUUCGAACGGUUUCGACCAACAGGACGCUGACGUCAUCUGUAACCAAAUGGGAUUUAAUUUUGAAACACCGAGGAGGGUAUAUGGCCACGCCCAUUACGGCCAAGGCUCGGGCCAGAUAGUGAUUGACGAGCUAGGGUGUGGAGGAAAAGAGACUGACGUCAUGUUCUGUAUGUCAAGCCCCUGGCUUACUCACGGCUGUACGCAUGCGCAAGACGUCGGUAUCGAUUGUGGUCUGCGUCUCCAAGAUGCCAUCCAGGCUUCCUGUACACCGAGUAAAUGGAACAUUUCCGUCGAUAUGACCUUAUUGGAACGUGUAUUUCCCGGCUCCCGGUCCUCUGACAUAGUGCUGGGCCAAAACUCACAGUGUUCGGGAACCAAACAGGGGAAAUUACUGGUCUUUGACCGAGGAAUUCACACAUGCGGAACUGUUUCCACGACGUCCGCCGUCGCAAAUGUCUACACCGCCUUCCUAUUGUACGCAUACCACGACGUGAACCAUCCAAACGUCGUACGUAACGUGAACUGGACGUUAACGCUUAACUGUAACGUGAACGUAAAUGGACAGGCCGUUAUUGACGUCUCGACAUAUCAUAACGGAAGUAGUGGCUCGGUGAAUCCAAGCGCGUCAUUCACCGUGAUGCAGGAGUUCUACAGUGGGUUUGCCAACGGAAAUUUUACCCAGAAACUGCCUGACCAUCCUCUGCGACUGCAAAUCGGACGUGACGUAUUCGUGAGACUGUACACACCAAAUGCUGACGUCAACACAAAAAUGAUCGUGCAAUCAUGUUAUGCGACGCCGACAUCCAAUAAAGAUGACACGCACAGAUUAGCUCUAAUAACAAAUAGGUGCUCAGCUGACCAGUCAGUCCGACAAGAGUUGUCCACUAACCACGAGUUUGGCUUCAAGUUUACAGCCUUCUCAUUCAGCGGAGCAAGCGCCGAAUUGUUUAUUCAUUGUGACGUCAAAUUCUGCGCAGUGACGUCAUUUACGCCAAGCUGUAUUCAAGUAUGUUCAUCCGGCUAGGGAAACAAUUUGUAGUUUUUUUUCCGAUUAAACUCGUGUGAAAUAUGAUUGCUAUUAAAAACAAAAGUAAAGAAAU